AUGACGGGAGUUGACCUGGAAAAAUGCAAGCGGAUUGUACAAUACUUCUGGGAUCCCGAGCCCAAGAACGACGCCGCGCCGGACGCCUCGAUUUGGUGCCUGGGCGAAGAGUACAAGCCCCUCUCACCACAAGACCCCCCCCCCAUACAGCCAACGGACCCAGUGACCAGAACCUGGCCUGCAUCAUUCCUGGAUGAUUUUGAAUCAAGAAUAUGGAUGACAUAUCGCUCCAACUUCCCACCCAUCCCACGCAACAACACAUCCCAAGCGGCCUCCUCCAUGACCCUGAGUGUUCGCUUGCGGAGCCAGCUGAUGGACACGCAGGGCUUCACAUCCGACACUGGGUGGGGUUUGCGUGCCAACAAAACCCUCAUCGCUACCCUCAAAGACCCUCCGAGCACAGACCUGAUGAGCAUCGGCAGGAUCCUAUCAAGCGAAUGCGAUAACCCCACGCUUAGAGUCUACGUGACCAACGAUACGUCCGAUGUCUACGAGGACCAGUUCACUCGGCUAGCUAGGGAUGAAUCAGGCCAUAUACAACCCACUUUGAUCCUCCUUGGGCUCCGGUUAGGGAUCGAGCAUGUCACCCCAGUAUAUUGGGAUGGAUUACGAGCAGCAUUUCAAUACCCACAAUCUGUCGGGGUCGCAGGGGGACGACCAUCCGCGUCUCAUUAUUUUGUAGGUGUGCAGGAUUCUCAUCUCUUCUUCCUAGAUCCACACACGACUCGUAGCGGACUCCCACCCCGGAUAGAUGACGCACAUACAGCGGAGGAACUCGACACCUACCACACUCGCCGCUUACGAAGGAUUCCCAUCCAGGAAAUGGACCCCAGCAUGCUAAUUGGCUUCCUCAUUCAAGACGAUGCGGACUGGACAGACUGGAAGAAACGGGUCCAAUCCACCGCGGGGAAGCCGAUCAUCCACAUCAUCGCGGCAGGGAAUUCGAUCGAUGUGACACCUGGUCGGAAGGAGGCGCUGGACGAGGUAGAGGUGUUGGAUGAUUCGGAUGCAUUGCUGUAG